AUGCAUGAAUAUUUUAUGAAUGAUACAUUUGAUGAUUUAACUCUAGAAGGCACUCAUAUGCCAAUAAAAUCAUGUAGAGAAGCAUCCUUCCUUCACCCCCCUGGAGAAAAUCAUCCAUCUAAAAACUCCCAUAGUAAACCAAUCACCAAUCCUAGAAAAAGUGAUGUAUCUUUUGAUGACUCCUUUUUCCUCUCAGAGUCUUCCUUCUCACUAGGAGAAAUUGAAACAUAUGAUAAUUCAACAUCAAAAAGUAAUUGUUGUGAAGAAAAUCAACACAAAUGUUUGAAUAAUUUGAAAACUGCUGUUCCUGAAGUAAAAGAACCUUGCAGUUCUAACAGACCUAUUCAGGGACAUUCAAAUGUACUCCCUUCAGUCUUGAACAUUGGAACUGGUGGUAAACAGGUUAAUGGAGUUGAAGGAAAUAUAGAGGAAGAUCAACUGAACCAAAAAGAAGCACUUGGGAUAAAAACAACAACAAUUGACAAAUGCAGCAAUUCCGAAAAUUCAAAAACAAUCAAAUCAGCUGUAGUUGAGAUAAAGCAGUUGUCAUCAUGGGGACUUCCUCAAUCUGUCCUAGAUAAAUAUGAAACACACAAGUUAAAGUCAAUGUUUCAGUGGCAGGUAGAUUGUUUAAGCAUGAAAGAUGUCUUGAGCAAAAGCAAAAAUUUAGUAUAUUCCGCACCUACAUCUGCGGGGAAAACACUUGUUGCUGAAAUACUGGCUAUGAAAACAAUUUUCGAAACCAAGAAGAAAGUUAUAUUCAUACUCCCAUUUGUAUCUAUUGUGAGAGAAAAGAUGUACUAUUUUCAAGACAUUCUCAGCAGUAGUGGUAUAAGAGUUGAGGGUUUUAUGGGGUCUUACAAUCCACCAGGUGGUUUUAGCUCUGUACAGGUUGCCAUAUGCACCAUUGAGAAAGCAAAUAGUCUCAUCAACAGACUUCUAGAAGAAGAACAUCUAGGCGAUAUUGGAGCAAUUUUAGUGGAUGAGAUGCAUUUACUAGGUGAUCCCCAUAGAGGCUAUUUACUUGAACUACUCCUGACCAAACUGAAAUACAUUAGUAAAAAAGAUGAUAACAUCAAGAUUCAGGUAGUAGGCAUGUCUGCAACACUACCGAACUUAUCUCAGCUUGCAAAAUGGCUGGAUGCUGAACUGUAUACUACGAAUUUUCGCCCAAUUCCGCUACAUGAACAAGUACAACUUACUGGUGAGGUUUUUGAUAAAAACUUGAAACUUGUAAGGAAAUUGAACCCUCUUCCUGAUCUUGAGGUUGAUACGGACAAUGUGCUUCAAUUAUGUUUGGAAACUAUUGGUGAAUCAUGUUCAAUUCUCAUUUUCUGUCCAACAAAAAAUUGGUGUGAGAACUUGGCUCAGCAAAUUUCCGCUGCAUUUCAUAAAAUAGGUAGCUGCGAUUCAAGAUGGGGAAAGUUGCUAAGAAGUCAGCUUAACACUAGCUCGAUAAGGGAACUUUUGGAGCAGCUCAAGUACUGUCCAGUCGGUCUUGACGAUGUCUUGCGUAAAACAGUGUCUUUCGCUGUUGCCUUUCACCAUGCCGGCUUAACUCUCGAUGAAAGAGAUAUCAUCGAAGCUGCCUUUCGCAAUGGAGCGCUGAGAGUGCUUGUCGCAACAUCAACUCUAUCGUCAGGGGUUAAUCUUCCGGCUCGAAGAGUCAUUAUUAGGACCCCGAAUUUUCACGGCAAACCAAUGGACACAUUAACGUACCGACAGAUGAUAGGUAGAGCAGGCAGGAUGGGCAAGGAUUCUGUGGGGGAGAGUAUCCUUAUUUGUCAGAAUUCAAGAGACCUCAGAAUCGCAAAGGAACUUAUGAAUGUUGAUUUGAGACCAGUAGAGAGUUGUUUGGAGGGGCCUGGUAAACUAAAAAGGGCUAUUUUGGAAGUCAUUGCCAGUGGUGUGGCUUCUAGCCCCCAUGAUAUAGAUCUAUUCGCCAGUUGUACCCUUUUAUCCAUUGAAGAUAGAGAUGAUCAGAUUAUGGAUGACCCUAUCAAGGAAGCUGUUAAAUUUUUGAAUGACUUUGAAUUCAUUCGAUUACAAAAAUGUGAAGAUGGAACUGAAACAUUCAUUGCCACCUCUCUCGGAAAAGCUUGUUUAUCCUCAUCAAUGGCUCCCGACGAAGGUUUAGCGUUAUUCACAGAACUGGAAAAAGCAAGACGAUGUUUUGUGCUUGAUUCUGAGUUGCACUUGGUAUAUCUGGUAACACCUUAUAGUGCUUGCCAGUCUUGGGGUAAUAUUGACUGGAUGUUCUACUUAGACCUUUGGGAAAAAUUACCUGGUCAUAUGAAAAAAGUUGGGGAGUUGGUCGGAGUUAAGGAAUCCUAUAUAGUCAAUGCCACUAGGGGAAAGCUGCAAACCAACACGAAUAAAUCGUAUAACCAGCUUUUGGUACAUAAAAGAUUUUUUGUAGCUCUUGCAUUACAGGAUUUGGUGAACGAGAAGCCUCUCAACUGGGUAUGUGCCAAAUUUAGUUGUAACAGAGGCAUGUUGCAAUCAUUACAACAGUCAUCAUCCUCGUUUGCUGGAAUGGUAACAUCUUUCAGUCGGCAGUUGGGUUGGAGCAAUGUGGAAUUGCUGAUUUCCCAAUUCCAAGAUCGAAUGCAAUUCGGAGUCAGCAGAGAUCUAUUGGAUCUCAUGCAGCUUCCCAUAGUGAAUGGAAAAAUAGCCAGAGCAUUGUUCAACGCCGGAAUUGAAACAUUGGUACUCUUAGCAAACUCUGAUAUCUCGACCAUAGAGCUCAUCUUAUAUCGGGUAGCGCCUUUUGAAACUGUGAAAGGAAAAGAGGGGGAGUCCGAGUUUGAUCAGAAACAGAGAAACAAAUACAAGAAUGUCUGGAUUACGGGAAAAGAGGGAUUGACAGAAAGGGAAGCUGCGGAAAUGUUAGUUGGGGAGGCGAGAAGUUAUUUGAAGUUGGAAAUGGGGUUGGCAGAGGCUAAAUGGGCUAGCAACGUCGAUGAAAAUCAGGAAAAGCCUACUGGGGCUGAAAUUGAAACUAAAGAAAUCGAUCCAUCAGAACAGGAAACGCUUGAAAAAACAGUUUCCAGUAUUGCCAAUCUUUCCAAAAUUACCACUGAUAGUAUUCCGAAAGAGGAUAAUAAAGUAGAAUCAGUCGAUGUUGGGUUUAAUCCUAAUUCGUCAUUAUCUUCGUCGAACAUGAAUAUUUCAUAUAUGUCUAGUCAACAUUCUGGAGAAGAUUCGAUAGAAAUCGAAGAUGUAGAAGAUGUUCCUGAGGAAACCGAAAAUUUACAAAAAACGUUGAAAAUAAAUCUCCAUGAUGUAUCACAGAACACUAACACCGACUGCAACAUGUUAAAGGUAUCAUCACCAGUGAAAAUACAUCUUACUACCUCAAAUGCUACAAAAGGAGAAAUGGAAGGACCUGAUGAAGUUUCACUUGGAAAUGUUGAUGAGAAAAUCACGAAAUUGAAUAACAAUGCGGGCCACCAAUUUUUAUCCCCAAUACCACUUCAGUUGAAGAGCAAUAAUAUCAAUGUAUUGGUACAAGGCACGCAUUCUGAUCAAAGCCUUUUUGAUGAAAGUUUUGACUUGCAUCUGAGUGGGAGUGAGGGAGAUACAUCUAGUCGAAAAGUUGAAUCUGUUAGUUUUCUUGAAGAAGCUUUCAGUGAAUCAUUUGAUACCCAAGAUCGGAGUUCAACUCCGAGCGAUAUACACAUCUCACCUUUUUGCGAUGUUGAUGCGAAUAAAAUAAACAAGCGCAAAAACAACAACAUCGAAUUGGAAACUCCUACCAAGAAGCUUAAAACUAGUAAUGAAAACAUAAUAGAUGAAGAUGAUAUCAACAACUCCUAUAUUUUAAAUAAACUGAAAGACCAACCGAUGACUGACUUCAACAAAAUGGAAAUAGUCAAUGUGUGCCAGGAUAAACAUUUAUUUGAAAUAUUUUGCUCGGAAAUAAGAGGACAAACAAGUUUUUCUCUGUCUUUGGCAAGCAAGAGAAUCAUCAGUACCAAGCAGACUAUUGGUAACAUUGUUUCAGAAGCUAUUGAAGAAUUUCAAGUUAAUUUUACUGAAGAAGAAAGGAAAUUAACUGGCGUAAGUUUUGCCUGGGGUGAAAACUUUGUGUAUUAUAUCAGCCUGGACAAUCCUGACUACUAUCAAAAAUUCGUAGAAGAAAUGAAAUUAAUUCUCAAGAACACAAGUACAAGGAUACGAAUGUUUGAUGCCAAGGAACAAAUAAAAGCCCUGAAAUACUGUUGUGAUCUUGAUUUUUUAUCGAAAAUUGAUGAUCCAAAGAUUGCUGACUGGAUUUUAGACCCAGAAGGAAAAGAAAAAACCUUGAAGGCAAUGGCUUUGAAAUACUGCCCCGAAGCAGCUGAACUGUCACAGUUGUGUGUCGGUUGCAAAGGUGUAGGUAGUGUAGGUCUAGAUUUGCACAGUCAUGUAGAGGCAAAAACUAGAUCUGCUGUGGAAGCUAUGAUAACUUGGCAUUUGAUGGACACGCUGAAGGAUUUGCUGAAAGAAGAAGAUCCAGGGUAUUUGAAUAUAUAUGAAACUGAGGCAGAUACUGUUUUAUGUCUGGCGAACAUGGAGUUGAGUGGUAUGAGUGUUAGUAAAACAUCUCUCCAAGAAUUAGUUGGAAAUAUAAAACAUCAAAUAACUGCAAUUGAAACCCAAGCAUAUUCAUUAGCGGGCAAGCGUUUCAAUUUUCAGUCAUCGAAGGAAGUUGCAAAAAUCUUAGGGAUGUUGAAAGGCAGAAAAGUAGCUAGUACCCGAAAACAAGUCCUACUGAAAAACGAACAUCCCAUCUCUGAUCUGGUCAUGCAAUGGCGCAAACUCAGCACAACGCUCACCAAGACAAUCUAUCCUCUCAUAAGGAUAACAAAAGAAGCUAAAAUUCAUGGUUGCUAUAUCACCCAUACUGCUACUGGACGGAUCACCAUGCAUGAACCCAAUCUACAGAACAUAGCCAAAGAUUUCAAUGUUACUAAUCCGUUAACAAACAAAUGUGUGAAUAUUAGCUGUCGUAGUGCAUUCCUAGUUCCUGCUGGAUUCUGUUUGUUAUCUGCCGAUUAUUGUCAAUUAGAAUUAAGGCUAUUGACACAUCUAUCACGUGACAGGAUGUUGUGUGACAUAAUGAAUAGACCUGGAGAUGUUUUCAAGUCUAUCGCUGCUCAAUGGAAUCAUGUGGAAGAAGAAAAGGUGGAUGACUCUAUGAGACAAAGAGUGAAACAUAUAUGUUAUGGAAUUAUCUAUGGGAUGGGCAGCAGAACUUUAGCAGACCAACUAAAUAUAGAUGAAAAUGAGGCUUCACAAUUCAUAACAACAUUCAAAGAUACUUAUCCAGGAUUAAAAACCUUCAUUAAAGAUACUGUAGAGAAGUGCAGAAUAAACAGCUAUGUUCAAACGAUUACUGGAAGAAAAAGAUUUUUACCCAAUAUCAACGACGCCAAUGCCGUGAAGAAAGGUCAAGCUGAGAGACAAGCUGUCAAUACUGUGGUGCAGGGUUCGGCAGCUGAUAUUGCAAAAAAGGCCAUGGUGAAAAUAGAUAAUGCAAUGCAGGAAUGUUUCGUCAAUACAAAAAGUAAGCCUGAACCAGUACUUCAUUUACAUGACGAAAUUAUUUACCAAGUUCCUGUGAAGUAUUUGAGAAAAUCUGCUAUUAUCGUAAAAGAAAAUAUGGAGAAUGUUAUGAAACUCUCUAUACCGUUACCUGUGAAAAUCAGAACAGGAGAAUCCUGGGGAUCAAUGUCUGAAAUGAGAAUUUGA